UUUCAUCAGCUGUGACCUGCACGCUUUUCCAUGCCUUGCAAAAUGCAAGUGUUAUCAGGAGAGGAGUGUUUCCUGUCGAAGUAGCCUUUUCAUUUUCAUUAUGUGAGCGAGAUAUCAUGUAAGCGGACUCGUGAUUUGAAACAUGUUUCGUUCGUCGCGAUUGCUGCAAAUCACUGCCUUGUUGGCGCUGUCGCUUGGCGCAGGAACUCUGCUGUUUCUGACAGCGCGAUAUUUGAAACGAAAGCGCCGUGAACCAUCCACUGGAAAGAGCUCAUCAUACAACGAUCGGCCUUUGAGGAGAAAGAGAACUCUCACAGCAGGGAGUUCAAGGGUAUCUACAGCUGGUGAGUCUGCAAGACACACUCCCAGAAGUGUGACAGGCUUAGAUAAUGAAGUUGUGUACCGACGACAUGCAGCAAUUCUUGGAUCACCAAAUGUUGUAGUGGUGGAUGGUGUUUUAGUUAAUGAUGGAAGGGUUUCUGAAGAUAGUGCUGUUGACCUAGGGGAUGUGAUCACAGAUGAAGAAGAAAUUAUUGAAGAGCUUAUUAAGAGAGGUGUUGAAAACUUUGACAUGGCAUUGGAACAUUGGUAUGAAGCUAUAGAUUAUGUGAUGGAAUGGCGGCGUACAGGUCUUUCUCGGGGAGGAAACAACUCAUUCUUCCUUAAUGAAGCAGACAAAAAACUGAAUGCCCUGAUUGGUGGUUCCAGAAAGCUGCGGAAAGUGAUUGAGCAGUAUGAUCUCAUGGAGACUCCUCUGCCACAGACACCAAGCAACAUGCUGACUUGGAUUGAUGAUGGGAGUUUACAAGAACAGUUACAACUGGAAUUCAAUGAAGCCUUGGAAGAUCAGAACUCCUCUGAUGCUGAUUCUUUUGUAUCUGCAUCUGAUAAUGCACAGCUAGAGUUUGAUGAUAUCACUGAUGAGAGACUUGUCAAUGAGUCACAGCGACUGAAGCUGUUCAGGGAAGCUUGUCUUCGCACAGCUGGCAAUCAUAGUCACCUUGAGUUUUAUGUAUCUGCUCUGCAACAUUACAUUCGUCAUGGUAUCUGCUGUCGAAAAAUCAGAACAAAUGAGGUGGGAUGUGAAAGUGACAUGGAAUUUCUUGCCAAAGUACAUUGUGUUCGACAGGCUUCUGAGAUGGUGUUUUCAUCUUCAGAAAUGCGACAAUGGUUUAUUGAUGCUGGAAGACAAGCUGUUUCAGCUGUUGUUGAAAGUGCAGGCAAGGAUGCAUCUGACUUUCAAGCAGCAUUUGAUGAACUAGUGGAGUACUCGUCAUCACCUGAAAAUUGGGAGCAGAUCAAAGAGGAGCUGGAAGAAAGAGGAGUGGUUGAAGUUUCAUUCUAUGAUGUCCUCCUGGACUUUGUGCUGUUAGAUGCCUUUGAUGACCUGGCCACCCCUCCCUACACAGUAGCCACUGCUGUUCAAAACAGGUGGCUGUCAGCUCGUAUCAAGGAAACUGCCCUUACUACAGCCAUCUGGGGAGUUUUAAAGGCUAAGACUUCUUAUCUUAAGGACCCUUACGGAUUCAUGGCUCACUUCUACGUAGUGGCGCAGUAUGUUUCUCCAGUUCUUGCCUGGGGAUUCUUAGGAUCAGAUGACAAACUGAAGAAAGUCUGUGAAUACUUCAAGAGUGUUAUCCUUGGCUACAUCAGGGACUUGUUCGACUUUGCAACCUGUGAUUAUUCGUCAAUUGAAAGCUUGUGCGACUCAAUCGUGAGGCUGACCAAAGAAAGAAGCGAACUGUUAUUAAAUAGUGAUACCUGUGAGACCAAGCUCCUCCAUGCAGCUGCUUCUUUUGAUGAAACGCUGAUCAAGGUACCGAAUACUCCCAGCAAAGAAGUACAUCAAAUUGAAGAAGUGGUCUGAAAGCGGACGUUACGAAUUCUACUUUGAGAAUAGACCCUUUUUUUUUAACCAUGCCUCUGAUCCUUGCCAAUCAAAAAGAAAAACAACUAGUGUGAUGCUAGUAGUGGAAAUACCGCGAUGAAAUAAAUUGGAUUUCCUAUUUAAGGCCAAUUACGUUGAAGUGCAAGAUUUUGAGACGUUAUCGAGGAGGGAAAAUCAUACUAUUCGGCUUAUCACAAAUCUUGUCAAUUAUUUUAAACAGAAAAUAAUCAGAAGACAUUUCAUUUUAUUGUUUGUGGCCAGAAAAAUUGGAUAUCUUACUUUUAUUGAGCUUUCCUGAUUUCCUUUGUUUAUUUCUUAUCAAGAGCACUUUUUCCAGUUCUGGCAAGGUCAGAUGACUAAGGGGUACAAAUGGCUCGUCAAUUGUACAUAUGAGUAACAAUGGAUAUAUGAUGUAACCAUUUUUUUAAGGAUUAAUGAGUACAGAACUCUACAAAGAUAUGUGGGGUUUGAAACAAAAGCAUUUGGUAUUGUGUCCUCACUUUAAGACGAUAUCAUUAAAUUAUUUUGGUGUUUCAGAUGAGUGUAAGGAAUUUUUAAUAACUUUAUUUUAUUUAUUGUUUUAUACUUACGAUGAUUUUAAAUGGGAGAAACCAAUUCUUAAAAUCUCUGUUUAUCAGUUUGGCGUACUGAGAAUGGAUAGGUUGUAGUUACACUCGUUAAGCAAAGUGAUCGCUAUAGAGCUGGGCGAUGGCAAAUUAACUUGGUCUGGAAGGUGCUAGUCAGACUGUCGACUGGCCGAAACUGGUUCUAAAAAUUGAAACUAUUAGAACCUCUUUAUUUAUUAAUUUAGUUAUUUCAAUCAUUCUUCAUAUCUAGUUUAUUUUAUGAUUUAGAAAACGACCUGGCUAGUAAAAUGGACGAAGAAAAAUUUUAA